UCUGUGUUCAACAACAACAUUGGCUGCUGGGAAAUUACUAGAAGGCUCAGUAAACACAUAAGAACUCAUCCAGAGCAAGGGUUUUUGGCUCAGGGGUUAAUUUACUGACUGAAUCCUGUUACGGCGUUAAGUCUUUGUGUCUGAGACGAACAGUUCACCUGUGUAAAGAGCUGUUUGAACGGCAGCAGGUGUGUGACUGUGUGAGUGAGUGUAGCGUCUGCGCGGCUAGCUGAGUUAGCUCCCUGUUACUGACUAAAAUGAGCCAAAACCUCAACGGCUUCAAUGACGACUCGUUCUUGGAUGAAGACGGCUUCCUCUUCACUUCCGAGUCAGUGGGAGAAGGACACCCCGAUAAGAUCUGUGAUCAAAUCAGUGAUGCAGUGUUGGAUGCACACCUCAGCCAAGAUCCAGAUGCCAAAGUAGCAUGUGAGACUGUAGCUAAGACGGGGAUGAUACUGCUGGCUGGGGAGAUCACCUCCAGGACCAACGUCGACUACCAGAAGAUUGUGAGAGAGACCAUCAGAGAUAUUGGUUAUGAUGAUUCCUCUAAAGGCUUUGACUAUAAAACCUGUAAUGUGCUGGUGGCUUUAGAGCAACAGUCCCCUGACAUUGCUCAGGGUGUUCACCUGGAUCGAAAAGAAGAGGAUGUGGGAGCAGGCGACCAGGGUCUGAUGUUUGGCUACGCCACCGAUGAGACUGACGAGUGUAUGCCCCUCACCAUUGUCCUGGCUCACAAACUCAAUGCCAAGAUAGCCGAGUUGCGCCGGAAUGGAACCCUGCCAUGGCUGCGACCCGACUCCAAAACUCAGGUGACCAUACAGUACAGGCAGGACCGAGGUGCCAUGGUGCCACUACGUGUCCACACUGUUGUCGUGUCUGUGCAGCACGAUGAGUGUGUAAGUUUGGAGGAGAUGCGUCGCUGUCUGAAGGAGCAGGUGGUGACUGCUGUGAUUCCUAGUGGGUACCUUGACGACAACACCAUAUAUCAUCUGCAGCCCAGUGGCCGUUUUGUCAUUGGAGGACCACAGGGUGAUGCUGGUCUGACUGGGCGCAAGAUCAUCGUCGACACUUAUGGGGGUUGGGGCGCUCAUGGAGGCGGAGCUUUCUCUGGAAAGGACUACACAAAGGUAGACCGCUCUGCUGCUUAUGCCGCCCGCUGGGUGGCCAAAUCUCUGGUAAAAGCUGGGCUCUGCAGGCGUGUACUUGUCCAGGUAUCCUAUGCUAUUGGAGUGGCCCAUCCCCUCUCCAUCUCCAUCUUCCACUAUGGGACCUCCCAGAUGAGUGAGAAGCAGCUGCUGGACAUUGUGAAGAAAAACUUUGACCUACGUCCUGGAGUUAUUGUGAGGGAUCUUGACUUGAAGAAGCCCAUCUAUCAGCGCACAGCAGCGUACGGUCACUUUGGCCGUGACAUCUUUACAUGGGAGGUGCCCAAGAAGCUGAAAUUAUGACCCCAUUUUCUAAUUUUCCAGAUGGCCUUAGGUGUCUCACAGCUAAACAUAUUUCUCUUCCUUCCUUUCUCCUUCUUCUUCCCUUCCUCCUUACACACACACACACACACACAGCCACAUCACAACAACCUUUGUUACACUAAAAGGUUACACUAAAACUUUCCCACCUGCUGGUUGUGUACACAACCUAGAAGAGAAAAACUUCAAAUGUCCAUACAGAUAUGAGAAAUGAUUCCCUAAAUAUUAGGCUCACGUACAGUUUUGAAGGGUUAACAGUUAUUUAGUUGUCCACACACAGAGGUUCAUAUUAAAAUUAGUUUUAGACAUAUUUCUAACAGAACCAUGUGCGUAUUUACCAGUAAUGCAAACAUUUCUGGCACCUUUUUAAAGUCUUUGUAGUUAAGUGUGGCGUCCUCUGAUUUAUUGUUAAUGGCAACAUGUCAUUUCCAGUGUUGGAGCAUUUGUCAGCAAUGUCAAUUGUUGGCUAACUUCCUGUCCAAUGUGCAAUGUUAUUGCCUACUCCAUGUUUCACUUGUUGUCCCAUUCCUAACACUGAGUGACCCAAGCCACUUUCACAGAGAGUAGCUUUAAUUUUGUUGAGUUAAUAGCCAUUUAGUGUUGCAUCAAGCUCUUUUAAAAUUCAGACGGCACAAACAUGUCAAACACUGGCUGAAUGUAGUUUAGUUUACUCAUUUUCUUGUGUGCGGUCUCUUCAGGCCACGAGUUUCUGACGUUUUACAGAGAAGUCAGAAGCUGCUAAUGACUCCUGGUUGUGUUGAGCUGCACCAUGAAACCACUACUUUUUUUGUACUUUAAAUUGUUUUAAAAGACAUUGUGAAUGUUUGAGAUAAUGUCAAUGUUUUACUGACCAAAAGCAAAGGUAUGGUCCAGCGCUUACACUUUCUCAGACUGACCUGGGUGUAGUUACAGAGAAACCCAGGCUCGGGUGCUUUUGGACAAUGGCUGUCUUUUAUUACCUGCAGCCAGACUUGUCUCGAAGUGGUAAUGUACUAGUUAAUGUAUCUAAAAGCAGUUCACCACUUGGUUGCACAUCCUCAAACUUUUAGUCACACCUGCACGUAAUAUAUAAAUAUACUUGACUGUUAUGAUGGACCAUAAAGAGCGGACACACCGAGACAAAGAGACGAGAGGCAGCGCACAAUCGGCUCAGUGAAUGUAAGAUGAGAGUUUUGUUUAAGUGAGAACAUGAUUUUUAAUUCCACUGGAAUUGCACAACAGUAUAGCUCAAGUUACCCAAAAUGUCCCCUGUUUUAAAUGUUCUAUCUAUACAGCAUCAGCUUUCAAAAAGGGUUUUUCCCUUUUGGGUGAAACACUGACUAGAUAGAGAAACGAUCCCACCUAACAGUGCCAUAAAUAAGAUGUAUAAUUGAUUUUCUGCGCCUACAGUGAUAAUAAUCACCUAAAACUGUUUCAUUAAGUAGCACCUGCUAUUGAUGCAGGUGACUGACACGAUCUGUAGGUGAAAGCUGCAAAAAAGCUGCUGCAUAAUUUCUUUUGGCUAGUUUCUAUAGAAUUCUUAACCCUGAGCCUUGAAUUCCGCUAUGUUGACUUUAAAUUUAGCAAAUUGUAAUAUUUGAAUAUAUUAUUAUUAUUAUUGGAAUAUAUAUAUGGCUUAAUAUACAUGUUUUUAAAACCCAAAUAACCCUAAAGUAUUGAGAGUAACUGUAAUUUGUUGCUUUUCUCCUGAUAAACGACAGAAGGAAGGCUAGAUCGACUUCACACAUUAGUGGGGUUGUAAACAUGUUUUUGAAACAUGUUUGAGCCACAGACUGCACACAGUCGUCAUUUGAAAUGACUCCGUCAUGUAGCUUGAUGGCACUGUGUCCUUAAAUAUAAAGAUUCAAAUUAUUUUGUUGUACUUCUGGUCAGAUAGCACUGUUUUGGCACCACCUUGUGGUUCCAGAGUGUACUGCAGAGGAGCCUCACACUUUUGACAAGCCAUAGGACGUUGCUGUUGCUUACUCAAAAAUAUGUUUGCAUCCUCUAACUCAUCCACAGACACACGCUUGGUUGGUGUUGUACAGAGAAACCAGCCGGUUUACAUAGUCUGUUGAUGCUUGUUAAGAGUUUUUGUUUUUUUCUCCCCGCCAAUAGUUUUUCAACAAUGGGAAGUUGCUGUUAUUGUGGUUGCUAAAUGUGUAAAAGUGCCUUUUCUGCAAACCCCCUUUUCCCCUUUUUUCCUAAAUAUCUGACUCCUGAUCUACUGCACACAGACACACGCACAUCCCUAAGGCUGCAAAAUCCUGCUCCCCAGUAGUUUAAACCGAGGACUCCGAUUUGGUGUUGAGUUUCUCUUUUAAACCCUUAAAUAAACUGUGCACUUGCUCAUGCUUA